AACGGGUCGUCGUCAAUUUUGAGUUUUUGUUUGAAACGAAAAGUCGGCUGAAUUAUCGCUCGGUUUAUUUUUCAGAUAUUCCGCUACUGAAAUUAUUUUUUCGCGCCGGAAAGUAUCUCUAAAUAGUGUACUGAAGUGCGUGAAAUCGAGAUUUGGAAGAUUUGCUGUGAAUUUAAUGCGUUCUAAAGGAGAGAAAAUUGUUCGUUUCCACGCUCCGAGCUCAUUCGCCAAGAAGCAUCACAGCAUAACAGUUAAGAAAUCGAGAUCACCUCUCCUCUAUCGGAAAGAAUGUUCAGUGGAAGUUGUUUCGCAGUGGUGUGGCAAAAGUGGUUGUGUUCUAUUCAAGGAUACGAGUGAAAAAUACAAAACAAAAAAGUGGUGCGACGCUGGACAGUGCAAGAAACCGGCAGGUUACGGGCUUUUAAUAAUGCACCCUCGGCGGCUGAGGUGAAAACGGAUGUUGCCUUCGCAUCACAACACUGCAUCAUGGCAAACGGACAGGUGGAAGCCUAACAGUCGGGCAUCGGUUUCGGAUGGUUUUUUGAAGUGAAAUAAACUUAAUCUUAAUCAUAAUCCCACCUGCCGCACGUGAACGUGUGAAGGCUUUCUUCAAGCCUUUUAAAAUUAAUGUUGUUUGCAAGGAGAGAGCUGAUCAAAUGCGGAUUCAAAGUGUUGUCACGGGUGUGUGUGUUUUUUUUUUGCUCUGAUUAAGUGAAGUUGGCGAAGGUUCGCAGUUUUCACCUGGAACGUGUCGUGCGGUGAAUGAUUCACGUCUCAUAUUUGAGCAGAUUGUGUUGUGGAACGAAGUGGAACGUCUCAUUUAUUGUGCAUCACAGUCAACAUCAUCCAUCUCGCGUGUGUUGUGGAUGAGGGCUGGCCUCAGUCAGUCGGUUGUGACAUGCGAAGUAAACCAGUAUCAGCGGUCAUAGUGCUAAAGAAGUGAUCAGGUUGGUGAAAAAAGGGCGCCUUGGAAAGGUAAUAUAUGUGACGACAGGUGAUCCAUAAGCCAGUUGAAAAGUGAGAAAGAGAGAAGCAAUGCCAUAGAAUUAAAGCGGUCGAAGAACCUGCCCCCGGGAGAGUCAAGUGCCUGCCACACGAGAUGAGGCAAGCUGUGGAACGGUGUGUAGAAGAAAUAAUACGAAAAAAGGUGAUCCAAAAAGAGCGUAUAAAGCAAUGUGGCUAAAAAUACACACCAUCGGAGUUUACGUCCGUUAAUGCAUUUAAAUGUGCGUUUUUUUUCACAAUAAGAAUUCCAAUUGUGCACAGUGUGUUAGUGUGAAUCGAUGUAUGGAAACAACUGUGUUAUUGAUACAACAAGGUUUUUAAUACCCUGCACGCAUACCGUUUCGGCCAAGAAAAGCUAGAGUGCGGCGCGGAGGUAAUGGUGGUGACCAAGAAGUGACCGAGCCAGUUUCGUUGCGGGGGAAAAACAACACGAUUCAAUGACAGAGAAAAGUGAAAUUAACCAGCUAAAGAUGAAUGAGUCAGGGGCCGCUGGAAGUAACAGUAGUGCUAGUGUGAAAUCCGAAACCGGUAAAGAUCUGUUGAAAGUGGGUGUUAACAGCAGCAACAUCAACGGCGGUGGUGUUGGGGGCGGAGGUUCUGUCGCUAUCGGAAAGGCAUCAUGUAGUGACGACGGUACGGAUGUAGGACCCGAUUUAAUGAUGAGUCCAACGGGGGCUAUCAUUAAUAAUGGGACCCAACAUCAACACCAUCAUCAUCACCAUCAUCACAGCCAUAAUCAUCUGCAUCACCAGCAGCUUCAACAGCAACAGCAACAACAACAACAACAUCAGCCACAGCAAUCUGUCGAAAUAAACAACGGAUCGGGCGUUUUCUACGAUCAGAAAUCGGAUAUAUCUUCCACGGCUCAGAUGGAGGAGGAUGACGGACUUGGGCCGUUGCCGCCCAAAUGGGAGAAGGCAUAUACCGAUAGUGGAGAGGUGUACUUUAUCGACCACAACACGGGCACAUCGCACUGGCUCGAUCCGCGGCUGUCCAAAUUCCAGAAGAAAUCCCUCGCCGAUUGUCAGGACGAUGAGUUGCCGUACGGGUGGGAGAAGAUCUGCGAUCCACACUACGGCACCUAUUACAUCGAUCACGUGAACCGGAAGACGCAGUACGAAAAUCCGGUCUUGCAGGCCAAACGGAUGAGCGAACGAAACCCGAACAUGACGGUGGUGGGUACCGCCACCUCUUCGGGGCUAAAUAGUUACAACAACACCAAUGGCACCACCGGACACAUCGAGGCGGGAAACGGUGUUGGACGGCCAAAUCAUUUCACCAAAAAUCCCGCAAACUUGCGAGGGGAACGGUUGAUGACAACGCUGGUCAAAUCAACCCGAGGACUUGGGUUUACGAUUGUUGGUGGAGACGACAAUGUGGAGGAGUUUCUGCAGAUCAAAUCGAUCGUACCGAAUGGUCCGGCUUGGAUGGACGGCAAGCUGAAGACGGGCGAUGUGUUGGUUUAUGUGAACGAUAUUUGUGUACUCGGGUUUACACACCAUGAGAUGGUGAAUAUAUUUCAAUCGAUACUUCCUGGCGAAGAGGUGCAUCUGGAUGUUUGUCGGGGUUAUCCACUGCCGUUUGAUCCCAAUGAUCCAAACACGGAGGUUGUAACAACGAUUGCAGUUGAUGGUUUGAACAAUGGGGCAAUGACCGAGUCCGAUCUGAAGUUUCUGGAAACGGGAGGUUUCAUGGACCCGGGAGAUGUCCAGCAUAAGAAUCCGUUGGCGAAAAUUCAAUCCGGUGGUGCCACUGCAAAUGGUGGAGACGUGUAUUUUAGUGACACUCAUCCCUACCAGCAGCAUUACAAAAAUAAGGACAAUCCAUUCGAGAUACCGGAGAUACUACAUAUAAAUAUUGUGAAGAGUGAUACCGGGUUUGGGUUUACGAUAACGGAUAGUUCUUACGGUCAGAAGGUGAAAAAGAUUCUGGAUCGACAGUGUUGUAAGAAUUUACAGGAGGGGGAUAUUCUAUUGAGCAUAAAUUCCAUUCCUGUUAAGGAUAUGUCUCACAAUGAGGUAGUGCAAGUUUUGAAGGAUUGUCCUAAGAAUAUAGAGACGACCCUUAAGGUUCAGAGAGGACCAUCGGCUUUGUUGGUGGGCAGCAGCAAAAUGACGAAUAAAUUAAGGAAAAGUAUCGAGAUGGCUAAGUUCGGUGGGGGAUUACUGAAGAAGGAUGGGUAUGGAAUCGGGGGAAAUAGUUUGUUCAGGAGUAAGACGCCUACGGCGGAUCUUUAUAGCACUCAAGCGAAGGAAAUUCUUCCAACGCGACCCAAAACACCUUUGGUAGAUACUAGAGCUAGAGCAAAAACUCCAUCUCUGCCAUUAUCUGACCUGAAUACGGACGAUAUUGAAUUGGAUGUAAAUAAGAAUAGCAACGAUCCUAAAAUGGAUCUCAAUCUGAACAUGAAAUCCAACAGCAGCUCUCAUGAUAAUGAUUCUAUUGCCAACGAUAUUGGUUCGUUCAACAACGAUGAGCAGUAUCAUUCGGAGAAGCAUUCGAACCUUGCGGACAGAUUGGGAGAGCUAACAAUAAGCAGUUCCAACAAUAGUACGACUGAUACAAUCUAUCACAAUCAUCAAACUCAGUACGACCACGGAAGUCAUCUCCAACAUCAACCGAGUUACAACCACGGCUAUAACCAGUUAUAUUCUCCGCCACUUGUUCCUCCGCCUCCUGUGCCUCCAAUCGCCACGAGUCAUGUUGGUUAUGGACCAAAUCCUGUUCCCCUACAACCAACUUACCAUCAUGAAAACUGUUUUUGUUACGAUUGUCAGGAUUACCAACGCCAACAGCAACAUCAACACCAACAGCACAUAUAUCAGCAGCAAACACUCAAUCGUGGUUACGCGAAUAAUCCAAGUCAUUUCCAGCAACUGCCGUAUCAGCUCCCUCCUCAGAUGAGCGACAAUAUCGGCAAACGCCUAAACGAGUAUCUGAUGGAUCGCAAGCGUUCUCUUCAUCAACAGCAGCAGCAGCAACCUCAGUACGACAAUUUAUAUCAUCACCACAAAGCCCCGGUGCCACUGCCGCCACAGCAUCAAUCGCAACCUCCGUCAGCGUUCGAUCAGCAUUACUAUCCGACACAGCCUCCCAGCUGGCGGGGUCCGGUCGGAAGCCAACACUCGCCCCAAAUGUACGGUGGUGGUCCAAUGUAUCCCGGUGCUCUUCCACUGGAGGAUUACACCCUGACCGAGGUGACACUGGAGCGCCAGGCGCUUGGUUUUGGCUUUCGAAUAGUCGGCGGCACCGAGGAGGGUUCCCAGGUGACCGUUGGACACAUCGUACCUGGCGGUGCAGCGGAUAAAGACACGCGGAUCGCUUCCGGCGAUGAGAUUUUGAAUAUCAACGGAGUUAAUGUGGAAAACGCAUCCCACCACCGGGUGGUACAGCUGAUGGGCGAGGCCGGUUUGCGGGGCCACGUCACCAUGAUACUGCGGCGAAGGAAAAUGAACAAAGCCCCACCGCCCCCUCCGAAUCCACGUUAUCCGUACAAUGUGCUGGUGUCCCGUAACGAGAACGAGGGCUUCGGAUUUGUGAUAAUAUCUUCGUCGGGCCAGUUCCAUGGGUCCUCCAUCGGCGAUCUCAUACCGGGCAGCCCGGCGGAACGAUGCAGUGAGCUUAAAAUUGGCGACCGGAUAGUGGCGGUAAACGCGAUCGACAUCACCGGCAUGAGCCACGGUGACGUAGUGAAUCUGAUCAAGGAGUCCGGCCUGCAGGUUCAGCUCACGAUAGGCUGUCCCCGGCCGGACGGUGCAGGUCCACCGCUGAUACAGACCCCCGGUGGGAGCCUAACGACGGCAGCGGUGGCUGCGUCCAGUGCGUCCAAUGGCAGCGGCAACGAGCUGUACGUGAGUAGCAGUGGCAGCGGCAGCAAUGGCCCAAUCAUGAAUCGCUACCCGACGAUUAUUUCCUGAUUGAGGACCAAAGUGCUGCUGCAAAGUGGCCGCUCGUCGAUGUCGAUCGAGGAGGAAGAGGAGGAAGAGUGAGUGGGUCGGAACACAGAAACGCACUCGUUCCUUUUUUCCGUUGGAACCAAAGCAUUUUUAACUAAUCUUAAGGUCGUUCAGAGUGUGUAGGUUUUUUUUAUACAAGUUGAGCGUUUAUUACCAGCGCGCAAGUUAACGAAAAGCUCAGAAGAAAGUGAUGAAAUAACUGUGGGAAACCAGAAGCUCAAUAGUAAUCGGAUAUAACAAGUUCAUUUAAGACAAAUAUGUGAAUGUGUAUGUGUGUGCGUUUGUAUGUUUGUAUGUGCAUAUGUUGCAAAACCUGUUUUAAUUAGCACUCGGGAAACAUGCAACUUCUCUAUUUGUAGAUGAAGUCGUCGUAUGCAGCGAUUUAAACACAUAAGUAGACCUGGGUAGUAAAAGAUGAUGAUAAGCAUCAAAAAGUUCGCAACCGCCGCGGGGAAAAGGUAAAGAGAGAGAGGAUAUAUGUAUUUAUACGAAGAAGCGAAAAAGCGAUUAAGUGGAGGAAAAAACGGUGGCAAUUCGUACUACGCGCAAGCUAGUUGCAACAUAUAUUUAGUUUUAUCGGUUGGCAUGUAUUACGACCACCAGGUGCUGAUUUUGCCAAUGUUGUGUGUUGUGUACAAAAGUGUUACGGAACGCUCGUGUGAUACGUGUUGUGUUGUUUUCGUCUGAACCAAUUCUGAAAUUGUGUAAACUGAUAGCUGGAGAUUUUGAUGCUUUGGAUCAAACAUGUGUUGUUGACUUUUUCGAUAGGUCUCAGAUUAAUCUAUCAUAUAAUACGUGAAGAUAUAUUGGCAUACCGUGCAUCUCGAACUUGUAGACUGACGGGAAUGAUAGGGAACGAUGUGGAGCAAAACAUUCGAAUAAUCGUAUUUCAUAGAGCAAAAUUCAAGUUCAAGUGAUCCUAAAGAUCGAUCGAUUCGGUCAUUUCUCACUUGUCAAUGUGAUGAUACCUAUUUUUUAUUUACCCGAAUCCGAACCCAUGGCUACUUUCAAUCCACGCUCCUCCAGGUUCAGGUUCAUAAACUGCCCUUUCUUCUUGUUUUCACUACAUUUUGAUGCGGACACUAACUUUGAAGACAACUUCCUGAAUAUUGGGUUCGCUGUAAAGCUUCUUUAGUUAGCUACUCUAUACUUCGUUCCCCUGUACUUAACUUGAUCCUUAACGUUCAAUACAGAAUCGGAGUUGUCUUUUGUAACAUCAAACCUAGGUAGACAAAUUCACGGAGACCUCGAAUUCGCCGCUGUUGUGUACCUCGUUCCUAUCAAGAGUGACUCUUUCAAAAUUAGUUCUGUCCAUUCGAGUUUAGUUCGGAAUUUGAAUCGGUCUCACAUCGCAAAUGUUCUCCCGAUGAUAUUGAAUUGGUCCACAUAUUUUGGUGCGAACAUUGAAAAAGGUUUCGCGCGAGUGUUGCAGUCAUUCUAUACAUUUAUGAUUGCCCAUACUUUGAGUUGCAAGGUAUAGCAACUGAGGAUAUUCAGGGUACUAUGAAGCCAUCGGUCUUCGCAUUCAAUUGGAAAUGAGUUUUUGCUUCUUCAAGCAAGUCUCCGUCAACAUGAAUCAACAUUCAUUCGGGCUCUCUCCUUGCUAACUGUUCUAACGAAGUACCGUCUCAUUCCAUUGUUCACUUUCAAAUGCUUCAAAUGGACUUCAUGGCAAAUCGAAGUGACUCCCCCAGACUUAAUUCGUUUCACGCUCUCAUGUAUCAUGUAUGCAUGUAUCAACGUAAAUAAAUUAUACACACACUCUCCAAUACAAAAAAGCUGUACACCCAGUUUUUACGAGGUUUUUUUACGCAGAUUUUCCAAUAAACGCGCUAACCUGAGCAAUAUCACAUCUCUCUCUCUCUCAGCUCACAUUUCUUCUUCUUGCUCCCUAGAGCAUAUGACGGUAAUCAGAGCCACACUCUAUACCGAUGCUUACGUAGAUUUUAGGUUACCUUGUUUUUUGCGCGGAUUUUCCAAUUAACGCGGUUUUCUACUCAGAUUUUGGAAUUAACGCGGUUUUUACGAGGUACGUAUCCCCCGCGUAACUGUAAUUUCAACUGUCUUGUUGACAUUUUUUUGCUUUUGACGUAGGACUACGUCUUUGAUUUCUAUAUAGGAGGGUCACUCUACGAAAAGUGUGACGAAAAAAUAAGAGAUUUCAAAUGCACAUUACACAAAAUCGAUAUAUGCGAUAUAUGUUGUACUAAAUACCAUUGGAUAGGAAAUUAGUUGCUGAACUGAAUACAUGUGGAAUGCAGUUCAAGCAGUUUUUCCAAUUCAUGUGUACUCUUUAGAUACUUUCAGUUUAUCAGAACAAAACCAGUAGAAGCUGUGGUAAUUAAUACGGUAAACAAAUAAUCUUUUGAUAAUCAGAUCAAAAGAAAAAUUUUCGUUGCUCUCAAUCCAUUGUUUGGCCAAUUGCGGGUACGUUUUAUCGUGAUAAGCAUUACCGGGUUGUUAGUGAGUAUUUAAAAACGUCGUUACGGGAUUACUUCUCUGAUAGGGUUAUUAUCAGACAUGAUCUUCGAUGAAAACUAGAGUGAUUCCGAACAUAAAAUUUGAAAAGUUGUGCGAAUCAAAUUAUUACACACAGUAUUUGUCUGGUGAGAAAAAUAUAUUUUAAUAAUAUUUUUAAAUACAAUUUGCAAGUUUUUACGAAGAAGCGCCUUUUCUUUCCCUAGUAAUUAAAAAAAAUCCACACAAAUUAGAAAAUGUCCUAACCAAUCUAAAGAUAUCAAUGCCAGGACAUGGAUAGCUGUGAAAAUGCCUGUGUUUCCUGGUUUCAGCUAACAUUCUAUGUUGUUCUUGAUGUCGGUAUUGAUACCACUGAUCGAAAGACCAAAUAACCGAUGCCGUUCAUCAAAAUUAACUGCUUUACUCUACUUCAUGGUCUGGUUUUGUUAUCCGUUUUCACUUUUUUUCGUGACGGACAAGGUGAGUUAUUGCAUAUUAAGAAUUAUUCUACAUUUGCCGAUAGCAACCAGUGCAGUGAAAAUUCAAUCGCAACAAUCUCAAAGAAAUCGACGAAAAUGACAAAUAAUACCAUUCGUCAUCAAAUUCGUCAACCUCGUCAACUGAGAUCCGAAAGGGUUCAUUGUCAAGAGAAUGCUAUUUCUUCUCAUUUGAAUGGGGCUAAUGUAUUGAGUCGAACGAAAACAAAUAAUUCAUUUUCACAACCUCGGCUUUCGGUAUUGAAGCAUGAUUUCGGUUUAUUCACUGUCAUAGGCAAGGCAAUGGAUGUAUGUAAAAAAAAUUCAUAAUCGAAUUUCAAAAACCGACCAUGUACAUUUUGUUUAUUGGCACAAAAAAAAUAACCUGUGCAAAGUUUCAGCUCGAUCAGACAUGCUUGAGGGGUGUCUCAAAGCACUCAAAAUUUUGAUGUUUUGGCCACUCAGGCCAAAGUCCCAAAAAGUCGAUGUACGGUCAAAAUUUUUUUUUCAAGAUAACACCAGACCUCGACGUUUUAUGCAUUUUUAAGACAUUUGGCAUUGAAAACUAAAUUUCGAAUUGCCAAAUUUCCCUUACUCCCCUCUUGGAAGAUUGUUAAGGAUAAAAAAAAUUAAAACUUUGAGCGCUUUGAGGCACCCCUAAAUCAUGUCCGAUCGAGCUGAAACUUUGCACAGGUCAUUUUUUUGUGCCAAUAAACAAAAUGUGCAUGAUCGAUUUUUUAAAUUUGACAUGACCAUUUUCGCUGCCACCCUAAUUCACAAAGCAGGCUAUGGGAGAGUUUUUUCUAAGGGUAUAUUCAUGUGAAGAAAUAUGAUGAGAUUUAUAGAAAUCACAUCAACCGUUUACACUAGCGUGAACUUCUAUAAUGAAUAUAUUCAUAUUUUCAAUGAAUUUAUUCACCUGAAGUAGAACUGCAUCCAACUUUAGUGAUUUCUCACCAGUGAAAAAUUCACAAGCGUUUACAUAUGCUGAAUUUAUUCAAGUUAUGUAUACCUCGAAUAAGUGUAUCCUAUUUAUUCUCACCGGUUUACACCUAUUUUCACGUGAAUAAAUCCAUCUAUAGCUAUAGAUCUCCCUAAUGUAAACCCGCCAUAAUGCCCCCUUACGCAUGUGUUAGCGUUAUACUUAUGACAGACAUACAGCUGUACUACCGUUGUACUUCGAAAAUUGUAUGUCUGUCACCAUGUACAGCGCUAGAACCAUGCAAGCAACUCGGUACAAUCGCUGUACCUGUACCGACCUAUUUUACCGCUGUACAUGGCUACAGUUGUACUGUGCGCAGCGCCACAAAUGGUUAGUGGUGGGUAGCAUGAACAAACUGAAUCAAAACACUUGGUAAAUAUUCUUUUCAUUGACUUUCUCUUGAGUUAAUAACUCAGAUUGGAAACUUGUUUGUUGUGUUUGAUAGUUGAGACACUAAAUAAAAACCUUUUUCAUUGAAAUAUGUGGUGAAAAUUGGAAAAAUUUCUGAUUGUCAGUUUGACAUACGGUACAAUGUACAACCAAAGUAUGUCUGUCAUGGUACGAUAGUACCUGUACAACGCUAUACCCUUACAGCGCAAGUACAGCUGUAUGUCUGUCCCUGGUAUUACACUCUCAUAUUAAUUCGAGAAGCGUAAGAAUGAGAGAAAUUAGAAAAACCAUUCUCGCCAGCUGUUCCUCUGUUUCUCGUUUCAAACAAGCCAUAGCAUCCUCGGGUGUCAAUUGAGACUCGAUCACUAGUUCAAUUGAUAGAGACAAACGUAAAUCUCAAAUAACAGCAUGACGAGCGGCUUGAAUGAAGGUGCGGUUAUUCAAUCGAAUGGGAAGGAUAGAGUGAGAAGAGAUCCGUAUGAAUGAAACAUGCCCAUCCGUCAAAGCAGCUCAUGUUGUCCAGCAUGACUGAUGGUGAUUGCUCGUUCGAAUUCAAAUAAAUCAAUUGAUUAUUUUCUUCACUGAUAGCAACACUUAUCAGAAUCAAAGAAGAGGGGAUGACUUGAAGAUGGCGACACCUCAUUAUACCUAAAGUUUCGAUGAGAGGCUGUUUCAUAGAGUUAAGCGUUGGCAGAUAUUUUAUUAGAAAGGUUGUUGUCUAAUCAUAUCAUGCAAUGCAAGUCUCUAUCAUAAAUAUGAGUACGUUGGUAUUAUCAAAAAUUUUGCAAUGAAAGAACUCAAUUCGCAUUUGUUCUCAAAGUCCUACGUCAAGUUUCCAUCCAUGCCUCUAGGCUCAGACCCAUGAGUAAGAAGUAUAGGUGGAGCAGAUGGUAGAAUUUGCGAGCGUAGUGUGCGUGAUAGUACGCGCUGCCAUAGCUACUUCUCGAUAUGUGACGUUCAUAUUUGUGUUUACAUUCAAUUGCCUUCUACAUCCAUGCAAAAACGUUAUUUUUAGUAUGUUUCUUAUCAAUUAAAAACAGAUAAUCUUUUGGAAUUCCCGCUGAAGUAUAAUGCGGUAGUGUGCAGUUUAUAUUUGUGGAAUCAUGUCGGAGAAGAUGAAUAAAAAUUAUAUUUUUGUGUGUCUUUUUCACUAUCAUAGAAACAAAGAGAUUUUCAUCAUUUUCGCGAUAAUUUGACAAUAUUUGUAAGGCUCACAGUAUCGGUGUAUGCGAUCCGAGAAAAUAGUUUACAAUCAAGCAGCAUUUCAUUCAAAAUUCUGCUAUUCCUGAGAACUAAGAACACGACUCUGGACCUUUUUACCUUUUAAAUGAUGGAAAUAAGUCAUAAUACAAAUAUCAUUUAUUAAAAAGCAAUCAGUUACAAGAUUUCAUUUUCAAUUGGCUCAUGACAUCAUGAAACCGAGCGUUAUUUAAACAUUGUUUUGUUUCUCCAUUUACAUUCCAUAUUAAAUGCAAAUAAUGACGACACCAUAUUUUUUUUUACCAAUCCAAAUAUACAAAUAUAGCAGUAGGCAUACUGCUCAUCCUCAUAUGUGCCUCAUUGGGCUCAGACCAUUUUACUUUUUUUCUUUGCCUACCACCAGUCUUCCGAAAAACACUUACACAUGUCCACGCGAUGUGAAAAUUCCAUGUUUUUGUUUGAAUUCGAACAUGAUUCUCGCUAGUGUUGAGUGUCUAUCCCCAACACGAACAAUGAUACACAAACAUAGACAUGUGAAAACAAACACGAUGUUUAUAAUUCAAGAACAUCAUGUACAAACAUAUCACCCGAUGUCGCAGUAUUCAUUGCUUUCGUUUCGUUUCUUUUCAUACACGGAAAGUAAUUAUUCAUCCCAAAACAUUUCUUCGUAGAAUACUUUUUCACAGAAACGAACUUGAAAUUUAGUUCGCAUUUCAAAAAUUGGACGAACUAAGAGGCUAUAAGUUCAUGCACCAAAAUAUAUUUUUAUUAAGGCUCAUAUAGCGUCAGCCUAACGGGGCCGGGAGUUCAAUAUUUUGACAAUGUUUGCUUACAACUAUGUUAGUAAUAUGUAACCGAUUACUCGCGGUUGGCUCGAGGUUAGUAUUACAAGUGUUCUCAUAAUUGGGAUGUUGCAGUCUUCAGUGCUCCGUACGUGUGCCCGACAUGGGAUACUUCCUAUUGGGAUGCAGCUGACCGUUAAUCAGCAACGCCCCCCUAGUCUGCACCCCAUAUCUAGCGUGGUGCGUCUUUUUCGACUCGAGGAAUCCAGGAUAGAAUGAUCACUAGCCGGCGCAAUCAUCAGCUAGUGUAGAGUUGUCAUGAGCGGUACAACCUUUGGCUCUUGUUGAAUCAUCAGUGGACUGCACAACCUUCGGCCCGCGUAUCUGUAAAGAGUGUGUGUAUGUAUUGCCGCGACUAAGUAAAAGUUUAUAGAUCGUUCAUGCACAUUUGCAAGUCUGAUUAAAUAAUCCUUGGUUUCGUUCAAAGAAAAUAUUCUCUGAAUAGAAAGAAGCUUUCUAUUUUUUUUUUGCGUGCAUGUUGGCAAUUAAAGUCUGGGGAGCCGACUGCAUAGCGGGCGACGUCGUACAAAUGCUGACCAAAAAAAUAAAUACCCAAAAAUUAGUUUUAGAUGCAACCUUUAGCGGCACACAGCAGAACCAGCAGAGAAAUUUCAGCGGCUAAAACACACCAUUAAUUUCUCGAUGUUAUCACAAACUGAAUGAAGGAAAAAACUAAAAGCUACACUUACACUGCACUACAUAUGCUAUGUGUGCAUGCGAUUGCAUCAUCCUUUCUUCUCCUCUUCUCCGCUCGUUUUAUAGCUCGGGUCGCGAUCGUCGCGAACAAGCAGUAUUGGCCAUUUGUAUUCAAAUAUCCAGCCAAAAUUGUUGCUCCCGUGGUCGAGUGGUUAGCAUCACGCCUAACAUGUCACUGCUGAAUAAUUCAAUUUUAGUACUUGUUCAAAUAGCUAAUAAUAGCGAAUGUUUCAUGAAUUCAAUAUAUAAAUUGAUGCGUGCACUAAAUAAUGAUAUCAAAUGUGAAAAACUGUCAUAUCAAUCGAUGUUUAUUUUGUUCAGAACCGAAAAAGAGGUUUAUUUUAUUUGCCCAAUAUUUUUGAUGAAGCACCCAUUGUCAUGAAUUGAAAGCAUUUUUUCCAUGUCAACAUACCAACACACCACGCGUUGAGUGGUGGUGGUGUGGUGUCCGAUUCGCUUCUUCUACUCUACGCACUGCCGGUGCUUGGGGUGAAAAUGCAAGAGAAACUGUACACCAUGUUCGAACAUCAUGUGAAACAUUGGGAUUAAACAUCGUAUGUCCAAACAUACCACGAAUACAAACAUUUCACAUUUUCUAACAUAGGUACGAAAAAAUCAUGUUUGUACUCAAACACAAAACUGUGAACAACAGCGUGGACAUGUUUAUUCCGGACGCAGUGUUUUUUGUGAAACAUGGAAGACUGCCUACCACUAUAUCAAAAUAGCAGAGAGUAAUAUACUUGGUAUUCUAUUUAUAUAGUGCAUGUAUCGAUGUUUGAGUUCACGGUGAGUAAGCAAUGGAGCCGUCCAUUAAUGGUUAUUUUUAUUACAAUUAUUUUUACAUUGGUAAUCAAUUUUCCGUUUCACUUUAUAUGGACGUUAAAAUAAGAUUGUGUACGCGGGCAACGAGGUUCAUGGGGAAAUGGUGAUGGAUUGAAGUCAGGUUGUAUGAAGAGGAAGAUAUAUAUUCAAGUUACGCCAAUUAGAUUAACCAUUUGCUAGAAUAGUUCAUCAGUCGCCCUCGCUCUUAACUCUCUUCGAAUCAUUUCUAAUCAAUUCAAGUAGUCCUAGACGAACCGACUAAGAGGGUAGUCGAUUCUCGUGUUUCGCAUUCCUAAAUGUCGGACCCUGCUUGGAACAUUAAGAAUCCGGAAUCACUGUUCAUUCGAUAGCAGUGGUCGUAGUAGGCGUAUCUUAAAUCUUUUAACAACAAAUUGUUUAAGUAAUUGUUUUACGUAUCUUUACACAAUUUUACGUUGGUCCGUUUUGUUUUAAAAAAGGUGUGCCGGCGUGGUCAGGUACUGAAAUUCCGAAAUCGCUGAAAGUGACUGAAUCGUCCGUGUAUGAUGUGCUGGAACGUUUCCGUGAACGUAUAUCUGCUUCUGCUCCAUGAAGACGCGUCGCAAUAGAACUUACCAUCAGAAGCUGAGGUUGAAGGUUCUCAGAAAAUUUUAAGCAAAUCCGGGGCUCCCGCAAAUUGAGGCUCGCUUCGUUGAUAAAUUUGCCAGAAAGUUCUUGAUUUGGCAUAGGAUUUGCAGCUGUGAACAUAAAACCAAAGUUCUCGGCACAAGCACGACAAUGAACUCAAAAACGUCUGGAGAAGAGUGCCUUCAGAAACUUCUUCCGUUUAUUAAGACUCACAAAGAUCCGAUGAAAUUUUGGCCAUAUUUGGCAAGCUGCCAUUACAGUCGAGAGGUGCUUCAGUGGUACCGCUUCAGUUUCAUAUUGAUACGUUCAGCCGUUCUUCCUAGCCGAUCGAUCGAAGUUUUGAGUAAAUUGAAUAGCACUUCAUGGCGUAUCGACCCGGAAUAUCAAAAUGAUUUGCGUACUCUCAUAAUGAACAAUUCGUUUUCAUGCUUUGUAGGUACAAGGAUUGCAAGGAGUGUUGACACUCACACGUAUACAUUAGGAUUGGGCGAUCUUGGAUCGAUAUUUAGAAGAUCGAUCUUUUCCUGUCAAUUUUCCGAUUUUUUGGAUCGAUCCCUUGUACUCCAAAAAAUCGAGAAAGUCAAUCUUUUCUUUUCGAUCUUUCUAAUUUUUUGAUAGUCUAUAUUUUUCUGAAAUUUAUUUUCCAGCGAAAAUAUAUCUCACUUAAAAUCACCUGAUAAAUUCCAUAAACUUUGGGUUUUUUUUUCAACUUUGUCAAAUUAGUGGACGUAAAUUUAGGAGAAGCAAUUCUGUAAGUUUGAUCAUUACAAAAAAAUUGGUCACAAGUUAUAUUUACACCAACAUAUUCAGUAAGCUGACAGUACAAGAUGAAUGCCCUGAAAAAUACAAUUUUUCUGGACCUUCAGUUUUUUUUUUGUAACUUUCAUGCUUAAAAUAUGCCAACUAAAAUGCCUUUGAUGUUUGAAUAGAAAUGUUGAUUAUUUAUUCGAUGUUCAACCCUAAAUUCAUAAACACACAACUCACAAACUUUCUCAACGAGAAGAACUCUUACAGUGCAUGGCGCGAAAGAGAUGCAAAUACAUGCAUCUCAGUAACUUCCUCUGUUUCCAACUAAUUUUCGUAGAUUUUUAUAAAUAUCUUCCGUAAAACUUAAAUUAGAUGCCCUUAAAAGGGUGGUUUAUGGAAUAGAUCUUUUUCUAAAGAUCACCCAAUCCUAGUAGACAUACGCAUUCCCACAUAUACAUGCACUCCUUACCCAGAAAAACUCAAGGGGUUAUUUUCAUCCAAAUAAAAAUAUCUGUGAAGAGAAAUCCUACAGAAACGUUAUAGGGAUCAAAAGAAAGCUGGUUGAUAAGGUUUAAUGGAUUUAGCAACUGACUAUGUUGGCAUGAAUUUAUGAAUUUUUGAAAAAUACGAAAGAAAAUCGAUUUCUUAUGUCGUCCCGAUAUUUUUGUCCACUACAUCUACACACACCAAAAUAACAAUAUGCUAGUAACAUAUUCCAAAAGCUGAAGGUUUAAGUUUUAAAAUGAUGUAUAAAUCAUCAUCUAAAUAGAAUGUUUCGAAAGUUUGUUUUCGACGAUCAAAAAUAGUGAAAAAAGAUCUGCAUUGUGGGGUAUGAAUUCGAGUUUGUGUCACUGUAGUAGAAUUUUCCGAAUCACCAACUGCAUUCGAAUAAAUCAGAUCAUGCAGGCAUAAUCCGAUUCUUCUAUCAUUGCAUUGCACAAUUUACCGCUAGCUAUGACAUUAAUUUUCUACUUUUUUCGUAUUGUUAUUUUUUUCUUUUUCGCGGGAAUGAAACGGUAAACGUGCGAGCUCUACUUCUUGCAACAAUGAAGACAGUCGCGAUCCGCGCCUCAUAAUCAUAUGUAGUGGCGCGCUCCACUGCACUAUCUUUGCCUCCAUUCAAGUUUGCUGUGGGAAAAUGCGUGUAAUCCAGUUAUGACAAAAUAUGUAUCGCAAAAACAACAACACACAGUACAAACACAAGCGAGGGCGUGCCAGGGGUUGAUACCGCCCUCCCAAGUGUACCGCAAAUUAUACGCAUCAUUGAAUAGAAACGGACCCAGAGACUUGUGAAACAACAGCUAGCAUAUGAGCCGCGUCGGAAAAAGAAUCAUGUCUAGUAGAACACGGAGCGAAACACAACAGUAAUUGCCUUCAACCACCACCGUUAGAAGAAACAAGAAUGUAAAAAUACGCCUUAACUAGAAAACAAAGGAAACAAACAUCCAAAUAGGAAGGAAAAACAACAUUUUACUAACAUGUAGCGCUUUACAACAAAACAAAACAAACAUAUUCAAAGGACUGAAAUUAUUUCAAUAUGAUGUAUGAUAAAAAUCAAAUGAACGCGUGAAAAAGUAAGAAACACAUAUCAACACAAUGUUAAAACAAAACAAACACUGCACACAAUUAGUAGAUUUUGCUCCAAGUUAACAAACGCAAUAAACGGUGCAUCGUUAAACCGAACAACAGAAACAAGCAAUCGUGCGCGUGAAAAAAAAUCUUGCCUUAACCAUAUAUUUAUACACGAAACAAGCCACUUGUUAGAGACGAUAUUUGUUUACAAUCGAAUUGGUUGGAUUGUAAAUAUUAAAGUAGUAGAAAAUGUUUAUAGUUUAUAUAGUUCCACCCCCUUGUUUAUCCUAUGUCGGCAAUGAGAGCUUAUCGAAACUAUCCAUGGGGUAACUUGGAACCGUUUAUUCCUUGUAGUGUUGCAUCCUUUUGAGAAGGUAGUAAGUAUUACAUAGUCACAUUAGUAGCGAGUAAGAUGAACAGUAGGUAGCUGAUAAAACAACCAUUAGGAAAAUCCGAAGUUUGGAAACCAAUGUUCUUAAAGUGCCUCCAAGUAAAUUAUAUUGUGUGCCUGUGCAUUAGUAACACCUCCAUCUCUUCCCUUUUAGCCGAGGCCGUACAGAAAAACAAUCAAGCCGCGAGUGAGCGCGCUCUGUAACGAAAAGUCAGAAUUUUUUUCGAACUUAUUUACAACACUUAACCUACAUCCAACACUUGUACUUAAUCUACAUCCAACGAUGAGUUUCCCCUCGUUGGAUGUGAACGUUUAUUCUAAUUAACGGACACAAAUGUCUAGCAAAAAGGGAGGAGCAACAAAGCAAUUCGAAUAGAAAUGUUACUGUAAGUAGCUGCUUAAUAUAUAUUAGGUUACGUAUCAUGAUAGUUACAUUGUUGUUUUCUAUGAUCGUGCGUGUAGUAUACAAGCAAAAAAGUGAGCAUAUUAGUUACUGCAUUGUAUGGCGAAUAAAUCCCUCAAAUAGAGCAAUAAUAAAAUGUGAACAAGAAAACC